AUGGAGGGGCGGAUGUUGUUGUUGGUGGUGCUUGGGAGUCUAAUUAGUCAGGCAUGGACCUCAUCACAGACUCACCAAAAACACUCAAAGCUUCACACAAUGCACCCAUGGAGAAGGCACAACAGCGGGAGAGUAAAAAGAGACUGGAUCAUUCCUCCAAUCAGAGUCCUGGAAAACAGCAAACAAAUUCCUGAAGAUCUUGUACAGAUCAAAUCAGACAAAAUUUUCACCGGUGAGGUCAUCUACAAAUUGGAGGGACCCGGAGUGGACCAAGAACCCAAGAACUUUUUUGAGAUUGACGACAAAACUGGGGUCAUCCGCAGCAAGCGACCUCUAGACAGAGAGAAACACAGAAGCUUUACGCUCAAAGCGUUUGCCCUGUCCCCCAGCGGAGAGAGACUUGAAAAUCCCACCACUAUUGAGAUAAUGGUCCUGGAUCAGAAUGACAACAGACCAGCAUUCACUAAAAGUCAGUUCGAGGGGUCUGUUGCCGAGUUCUCAAUUCCAGGAACUUCAGUGAUGUCCGUUUCCGCCGAAGAUGCAGAUGACCCCAUGACUGAAAAUGCUAUGUUAAGCUACACAAUUCUGUCCCAAGAAAGUGUCCCUGCCAAUGCUGUAACCAAGACAAUGUUUGGGAUCAACAACCAGACUGGAACAAUUUACACCAGGGACGUGGGGCUAGACAGAGAGGUUGUCAAAAGUUUCAAGCUAAAACUGCAGGUGGCUGAUAUGUUAGGCAUGGGGUUGACAAGUGAAGGUGUGGCAGUCAUACAUGUAUCCGAUAUCAACAACCAUGCCCCCCAUUUCAGCCCCGUCAAGUACAACAUGUUAGCAGUGGAAAAUAGACAGGACUACGAGGUGGGCCGGGUCAAUGUAACAGACAGAGACGACAGAGGAACAGGAAACUGGGAGGUCACAUACUCCAUUUACAAUGACCCACACAGGAGCUUUUCCAUCACUACGGACCCCGCCACCAACCAGGGAAUACUCACUGUGGUCAAGCCCUUGGAUUAUGAAGCACAGCAUGAGUACACUCUGAUUCUCACUGUGGAGAAUGUGAACGCUCUCAGUAAUAAGGCCCCUAACCUCCCCGUGAGCUCUGCCACGGUGAUGGUGACUGUGGUGAAUGAGAACGAAGCUCCGCAUUUCAGAGAAGAUCCCAUACAGAUCGUGGUAAAAGAAUCUGUGCUUCCUGGGACAUUACUGAAGUCCAACAUCGCCUAUGAUCCUGACAAUUCAGAACUAAGGUAUGAGAUCAGCAGAGACCCGGAGCGGUGGCUGGACAUUGAUCGAGUCACAGGAGACAUCAGCGUGAAGAGAGCGUUCAACAUGAGGUCUCCACAUGUGAAAAACAACGUCUACACCGCUGCGGUCAAGGUCACAGAUUCUGGUGGCGUGUCCACAACUGCGACACUGGCCAUCACUUUGAAGGAGACCAAUGAUUUUCCCCCUGAGCUCCACCCUCUGAGUGGCUCCGUGUGUAAAGACGCACACAAGAAAAACUCUGGCCUGAUUCUGACGGCUACAGACGAAGACCUCUACCCACACGCUGCACCCUUUAUCUUUGAAAUGCUGGAGGAUAUGUCUAUCAACUGGACUGUCAUUCAAAUAAAUGGUACUCAUGCUUUGCUUCAGCCGCUGGUGGACCUGGAGCCUGGAGAGUAUGUGGUGGCCGUGCUAGUGUCAGACUCGGGCAGCCCAGUGCUUGCAGGUAUAGCCCAGGUCAACAUCACUGUGUGCCUCUGUGAUUCUUUUGGAGACUGUAAGUCAGAGGCAGGGGCCAUCUUUGGGGCCACAGUGGGAAUAAACUUCAUCGCUCUCAUCAUCAUAAUGGCCUGCAUUGCACUUCUCCUGUUGCUGCUCCUCCUGGCUGUGGCCAUAACCUCCUGUGGAAGACGACAUCACAUAAAGAAAGGGACUGGCCUGCUGGUUGGAGAUUCAGAUGAUGACAUUCGAGACAAUGUCCUCAAUUAUGACGAGCAAGGAGGUGGUGAGGAAGAUGAGAAUGCUUUCAACAUUGAUAUGCUGUGGAAUCCUCAUGACGCUCCCUCCACUCCUGGAUCAUACUGUCCUGUCUCAGGCCCAAGAGGGAAGCAGCCUUUGAGGAGAGACGCUCCGCACAAUCUGCCCUCACCCACCUACCCCCGGAGACCACCUGCUGACCCAACAGACAUCGAGGACUAUAUCAAUGAUGGCCUGGAAGCAGCUGACAAUGAUCCGAAUGUGCCUCCUUAUGACACAGCCUUGAUCUACGACUUUGAAGGAGAGGGCUCGCUUGCAGGAAGUCUCAGCUCCAUCGCCUCAGGCAGCUCAGACGGAGACCAGGACUACGACUACCUCAACGACUGGGGCCCCCGCUUUAAGAAACUGGCCAAUUUGUAUGACCCACGCUAGCAAUGAUGGAAAACCGCUGGAAAAGACAGCAUUAACAAACACAUAUACGGUUUGAGUGUUUCUCUGGGAGCAUUUAAAAAGAUUGUGUUGAAGGACCUGACAAAGCGAGCCAAGCAAUUGUGAAUCAAAGUGAAAGGUGGACUUGAACAUAAUAUGCCUGUGGUUUCUUAUGAAAGAUAUGGGCUGAUAUUACUCCAAUGGGUUGGUGUAAAACUUUGU